CCGUCGAAACCAUUUCGACCAGAUACCUGAUACUUUGCUCGUUCAAAAGAAUGUAAAUGGAAAAGCUUAGUUAUCAACCGAAAUGAUGAUUGGAAAUUAUUACAUUCGCUUUAUUCGAUUUGCUUUUCGAUUUUUUCACUUUCUCAUUUUUUUUUCUCUCUCUCCUUGCAUCCCAUCCUCAUCUAUCAUGUUAGUAUCAGGAGUUUAUAUUUAUACAUCUAAUCUGUCAACACGAUCAUCAAACAACAACAAUGAAUGCAGACCAUAACGAUGAUCAUGAUGAUGAGCAAACAUAUAACACUCUCAUCUUACAGUAUCAAUUCAAAGUGAAUGCAUUUUGUGCAGCCACCAUAUUUAUGGCCGGUAAUGGUAUUUAUUUGGUGGCUAAAAAUCAAUCCAUUCAACGAACAUUAUUGGCCAUUUUGGAUCAAUGGAAUGAACAUUCGUCGAAAAUUCCAUUGAUGAUCGAGAGCAUUGAAAAACUAUACGUAGGCUAUCACAUUAAUCAACUUUGUCAACAAUUGGCACAUAAAUUGGAACGAAUUCUUAAACUCGACACCAAUGAACAGCAUAAGGAAAUGUUUUCAUUUUGUUUCAUCCUGUAUCGAGAUAAAUUAGUCUAUAAAUAUGAAAGCAGCACCAGGGUUCGAUUAAAACCGAGUGAUUUAUGCAUGAUAAUGUUGCUUGCUUGUGAUAUACAAAACGAUUCUAAUCGAAUACAUACAAUGGAAUCACAGCGUCUAAUAUUUCUGCAAUCAUCAUCAUCAUACAUACCUAUUCCACAUGUGUACAGAAAAAUUGUGAUCAACAAAGAUCUGUACGUGAUCUGUUUGAGCGAACUUUCUUCAUUGUUGCUCAUUUCCUUGCCUUCUUUAAUCAAUUCUGUGACCGGAUACCGUACGACCGUUACCGAAUGGCCACACAAUUCGAAACGUUCCAUUGAUUAUCUAAUCAAAUGUAUACGUAGUAUGGACCAAUAUAUGUGCAGAAACUUUGAUGAAACGCUUCCACGACGACAGCAUCUGUUCAAUAUGGAUUCAUUGGAGAAUCUAAAUCGCUUGGCCAAAAAAGCGCAUAGCCGUCGAUCUAGUCAAACUGAUCCGUUGAUUCGUGAACAAACAGAUCGAAUAUUCUCGGUAUUGAUGGACAAUCUUCAUCAAACAUAUGAAAAAGUAUUCAAAACACUACAUGGCCAGAUUGAUGAUUCCAAUCAAUUGGUUGUAGACCGCAAACAUCAACUAAGUCAAAUCAUUUCGAAUCAAAUUGAUCAAAUGGUUAAUCUAGAAAGCUGUCUAGACUUUAUCCGACUAAAAUAUUCCAGUAAUGUGACUUUAUUGAAUAACCUACAAGGUUUACAAGUGUAUAACAAUCUAUUGGCUUUCAUACUGGUCGAUCGGAUAGAAAAUCACUUCCUUCAAGACUAUCGUCGCGUCAUCCAGGCUGAUAUUCAAAUACUUUAUAGCCAUCUAUUACAAGGUGCCUAUUGUCGAGCAAUACAACAGAAUCAAAAUAUAGUAUUCUGGCGGCAUCUUCAAUUUCAUUUUGUCUAUGCUUGUUGGUCAGAUCGAACACGAUCAUCCAUUCACGAGAAUUCACGAGAAACCGUUAAUACUUCUACUAUUAAAAUGGUCGAAAAUACAGCCAAAUAUCAUCAAAUGGAUCGAUAAUAAAUCAAGAAUCUAAUAGUACAAGUAAAAAACUCAUUGUUCAUUGGCAAAACAAGUCAAUUAAUGAAUGGUUACAGCAUGGACAUGUCACGAAAGAAUUUUUCGCCAUUUUAGAUGGUCAAUGUAACCAAUUCAGUGAUAAUACUUCAGCCAAUGAAUGGCAGAAUUUUCUAUUUAACAUUGUCACGAAAAUUGAGAAUUAUAUUCAAUGAUGAUAAAAAGUUUCAUAUUUAAUGUAAAUAUAUCAAUUGGAAGCAAAAAAAAAUCGACAGACAAACAAGCAAAAAAAUGAAGAAAAGCAAUAAAUAAUAAGUCGUAACAGAUUC